GCAAUGUCUGCUGGUUGUACGGGCUAGAGGUGGUCUCCUCUCCUGGACCCGGCCUGGACCAUGUCUGCCGUACUCCUGGAGCAUCCCCUGAUGAUGAAGAGUGAGGAGGAGGGGGAGGGCAGCUUCUUACUGGUGGACGACGACGAGAACUUACAGGUGAAAGAUGUGUCAGACCUCCUUACCAAACUUGGCUGUAGUCCACAAGAACCAGUUAAAGUCCUCAGCAUAUUUGGCAACACCGGAGACGGGAAGUCCCAUACGCUCAACCAUAUGUUUUUUGGGGGCCGUGAGGUCUUCAGUACAUCCCCUUCUCAGGAUUCUUGCACCAUAGGUGUGUGGGCUGCGUACUACCCACCCUUGUCUCUGGUCCUGCUGGACACCGAAGGUCUUCUUGGGAUGACUGAUAAACAGAAUCAGAGGCUGCGUCUCCUUCUGAAGGUCCUCGCGGUGUCCGAUCUGGUGAUCUAUAGGACGCGGGCCGAGAGGUUACACAAUGAUAUGUUCCAGUUUCUGGGAAAUGCUUCCAAGGCUUACCUGAAGUUCUUUACCCCGGAACUAAAAGCCUUAUCGAGUCGCUGUGGUCUGGAGGUCACGUUGUCCAGUCUUGGUCCGGCUCUUCUUAUUUUCCAUGAGACGUCAAGGACCGAUCUACUGGGUCACGGCAGUAAGGUGCAUGGACAGGCAGAGACCGACCUUCUGAAGAGAUUCCACGAACUCGGGACCCCUCCAGAGGCCUUUAGCUCAAUCCACUAUGUGGGAGCCAAGACAGUAGUGCCCCCCACUGAUUUCUCCAAGUUAAAAGAGACUGUUAAGAAGCAGGUGCUGGAUACAUCCACUCGGUCAUCCAGGCCGCUGGCCCACAUGUUUACGGCCUUACAGAGCCUGAGCGAACGUUUCUCAGGGAAUAUUCCAGACGAGCAGGUUCAUAUCACCUCUUUCUUCCCAGACGAAUACUUCACCUGUUCUCUGCGUUGUCUGAGCUGCCGGUCUCGAUGCAAGAACAGGAUGAACCAUCUGAAGGACGGCGUCCCCCACCGAGCAGAUGGCCUGUGCCAAUAUGCCCAUGAAUAUAACAACAAAGUUUUGAUAUGCAGGCGCUGUUAUGAGAGUGGACGAGAAAUGCUGGUCAUCCCAAAGACGGUGGCAUCCACAGACAGCCCAUGGAUGGGUUUGGCCAAGUAUGCUUGGUCCGGGUAUGUUCUUGAAUGCCGAGUGUGUGGGAUUGUUUACCGCAGUCGACAGUAUUGGUAUGGAAAUAAAGAACCAGAUGGAUCAGUUGUUCGACAGGAGGUUCGACAUGUCUGGUCUGAGAGUGACUCUUGCUCCGUGGACCAACACAAUGCAGCUCAGCGGGUACUGGACGGGGUGACUCUCGUCUUUCAGUCAGUGAAUGAGUACAGUGCCGGGCCCACCCGUGCAGUCACUUCCUGGGUCACUGACCGUGUGGCUCCUUCCUACUGGCGACCCAAUGCAGAGAUUACAGAGUGUCACGGGUGCAAGAAAGUCUUCCAGACAGCUGAGCAGAAACAUCAUUGCCGAGCGUGUGGCGAGGGCUUCUGUCAUACCUGCUCCAAUCAGAAAAUGCCUGUUCCUGAGAGAGGCUGGGGUCCAUCGCCUGUACGCGUCUGUGAAAAGUGUCACAGUAAAGGGCAUGGGAAAGAUCGUCCAGCACGGGAAGAUGAUGGGAGUAAUCUCUUACCUCGCAAAGUGACUGAGAUGGCUCAGGGCACGCUGAACGUGGUGUCUUCUGUCAUCGAAUAUCCUCUGUAUUAUGUGAAGGAAGCGGCACGCCCCAGCUACUGGGUAUCGGACCAAGAGAUCACCCACUGCCAUGGGUGCAAAAAAACAUUCACACCUAAAUUGUCGAGACAUCACUGCCGGGCGUGCGGCCAGGGUUUCUGCCAGGGGUGCUCGGAUUUCCAGCGACCGGUCCCUUCUCGUGGGUGGUAUCAUCCUGUCCGGGUGUGCAAGAGUUGUAACACUAAGAAGGAAGACCUGUAAAGCGGAUGGGGGCGGCUCUUGGAAUCCUUAAUCAACUAAUAAUACAGACCUGAAUUAAUCCUAGUGGACACCUGUAGUACCUGCCGGCUGUGGGACACGUAACCUCUUACCAUGCUUCUUGCCGUGCACUUCUGAUCUAUUUGUCAGGGAUAAUUCAUAUGAUCUUAAUAACUGGAAUCAGGUACCCUGAAUAUGUUCUUCCUAUCUUCCUGAUUUACUGGAUCACUAUAUAGAGCAGUGUAACUCAACCAGUGUGCCUCCAGC